ACUUUCACACCAAACAUUAGCUUUACUUCAGAAUCAAAUCCUGCUUUUGUGUUUACUGCAGCCCAGACCCAUGCCACUGAGAGACAGAAACCAACAGCUCUGUCUAUUUCAGAAGCCAAACAGCUUAGAGAUGCGCUUCUCGGCAGCAUUGUUAAAUGUACGCAGAUUCAGAACUCUCUCUACCGACUUCUGUUACUCAAGUUACAGGCGCAUAUUACAGGGCAAUUUGAUACUGGUGUGGAAUAUAGUGACACGUCAGCGAGUUUAGCGAAGACUUCCGGAAUGGAAAAAGCAAAAGAGUGUGUAUUAAAAGGUGCUCAACAGGCAAAUGUUGAUUCCAAGCUCACUAAAAGCACAAGAGUGUGUUUGGAUAAUAUCACGAGUGAAUGCGACACGUUGGGUGCAACAGGGGGGAUGGAUGAUGCUUCAAAGAUUUGUGACGUGAGGGGUAUAGGCGAUGGAAAGAACGACAUUGCUGAUACCUUGCGUGUGGAUAAGACAGGAAUGAAUCCUUCUAAAGCUUCCAACACAGAUGACAUAUUGUUUGAGAAUCCUCAUGGUUUAACACAGACUGCUGUUGUUGAGAACGCAUUCGAUGAUGUUUGUAGUGAUGCAGCUAGUGCGUCGAGCGUUUAUAACAAGGAAGUAGCUGCUAUUGAUGCGUCAAAGGCUGCCAACACAGAGAACGCAGAAAAGAGCGUAAACGGUGCUCCCCUGACUCUGCUAUGUGAACUGCAAGAUCCUUUGAAUGCCUUGAUUCGCUGUGCCGACAUUCAAAGAGAGCUUUUCCAAAGUGUGAUGACUGUGAGCGAGUUGAACACCAAAGAAGCGAGUGAUUUAUCUGGUAAAGAAUCAUACCCACAUGAAAAUAAAGGUGGGAAACCGUAUUCAGUUGAAUAAGGAUGUCCAUGUUUUAUACAUUGUUGAUAACCCGGCCUCCUUUCUAAAAAAGCCAAAUUAGGAAUAAUAACGGAAUCAGAGGAGAAAUACUUUAAUCAGUUGAAACAACUAAUUAUAAGUGACAACUAUGAAGACAGCUAUUUUCUAGUAGUGCAUUCAGAGCACAAAUUGGAUCUUUCAAGUAUGAGAAUUUCGAAUUAGCAAAAUGAACUGAUGAUGCUCUGUAUGAAAAAACCGAUUCACCCUCUUGCCAAGCUAGUCCAGAAAGCAACGUGUUGUUUCUUUCACUGACAAGUUUUGAUGACUUUGACUGUGUUGGGUUAUGUACUAACCAGUUAACUGAUCCAGAUUAUUUUGUCGCUCUGUUACCGUCAGAUUUAUACGCCAAUAGAAAAGUUGAUAUGCGGGAAGUCCAAUCUAAGCUCGAAGCCAUCACCUUUAAAACCAAAAUGGAAUGCAGCUAUGCCCGAGAUCCUUUCAACAGUAAGCACCUAAAGCCAUCAACUAGCGAGGACCUUUUGCAGCAUAUACCUCCACAUAGACAUGCGUCAUUUCAAGUAGCAAAUUCUUGUAGUCUACGAGAGUUUCCACAUGGACGAGGAAUUCUGAAAACUGCGACGGGCGAAUUCAUUUAUUCUGGAGACUGGUUCAAAGGUAGAAAAGAAUGUAUUAAAUUUUUACAUUUCAGCUAUCUCCCCCUAUUCCUCAUAAAUGAUCUUUUGUUUUAAUAAUUAGCCUUUCGGUACUUUGAAAUGUUCCAUUUUCAGUAAAAAUUUCCAUUCACGAAAUUGGAUGCAACUUGAAACGCAGUUGCGUUUUUGAUAAGUUCCGUUUAGAUUUACUAAGGAACCGACUUGAAGACUAUUAAAUGGUUCGGUUGAAUGGUUCAAGACAUCGCUACGAUAUUAUAAUUGCUCCUCUAAAGUUGAUGGCCGCUGAACAGAAAUUGUACAUAUACAUGAAUAAAUAAUAAAACGAAACUUAAAGUGGUUAAAUUACUCCAUUGUGCCAAUUGUUUGAUAAAUUGGAAAGUGAAUUUGUUUUGUUCAAAUUUGAUAACUACCUACGAAGACGUGGAAAAUGUUUUGUGGCUUCUCUACUGAGUUAUCCAGAUUGGUAAUAAGAGAGAUUGCAUUGUAGUGUGAUGAUUUCCUUUCAUUUUGAACAGUCAGUAGAGUAUACCUGGAAGUUCCCCACCUACCUCUUCCCUAACAAAACAUUUUGUUCCUCUUUGUAUUCAGGCAAGAGACAUGGCAAGGGUGAAGGGCUCAUUUUCCCUACUUCCGGAUCUAACCAUUCGGCGGCUGAACAAGGAUUUUACAUUGGUGGAUGGAAACACAACAUGAGGUGUAGUUUAUUCAGACACCUCACCUGCUAAUGAUGAUAAUAAUAUUAUUAUUUACUAUUCCGCUUGUCUUGGAGUACUAGUAAAGCAGCUUUUGUCAGGGACAGUUUUUGAGUGAUACAACUUUAAAAGCCUUUUUCCACGUUAAUGGAAACCCUUUUUCUUACGUGUUUCGUUAGUUUACUUUUAAAACUCAUCUGGUAGCUUUUUUAAUAUUUCUUGUAAACCCUGUCCCAUUUUAACCCUCCUAGAAAUGACUGAAAGUCGAUAAUUGUUGAGAGGUGAUUAAUGCGUUUUUAGGGGGGGCCUUCUUCAAUGUUUACGCUCCUAACGCAAGAAACUCUUCCAAGUCUCAAUCUACAAACUCAUCAUGUGAAUAGCACUGAGAUUUUCAAGGUGAUAAAAGGACUUUUGUUUGUCAGCCAUGAUUUGAGUCUGAGGGUAUAAUAUAAAAACAGUCAUAGAUUUUGCUUAAUUUUUGGGCUUACUUCGAAAAUUAGGCACGGCCAUGGGCAAAUGAUUUUCUGCUCCGAUGCUGUGUAUGAAGGACAGUGGCAAUUUGACAAAAUGACUGGAUAUGGUACCUUAAAGCUCCCGGAUGGAACCAUUCAGGAAGGGACUUGGAAGGAAGGUUCCUUACAGGGCUGCGCUCUUUUCACCUGGCCACAUGGUGUCACUGAGUACCGGGAGUAUGAUGCAAUCCGAGGUAAAGCUUUUCUCUAAAUACACCUACUUGUUCUAAUUACCAUAAAGUUGUACAAAAAGCAAAAAACCCAAAAUCAAAACAGAAAAUGCUCAAGGAAUAAAUUGGCCAUGCAAGUUAUAUUUUAAUUUUCUGUUAAUCCUGAUUUUUUUUUUAUCCUGAAAGCAGUUUAACAUUACUUGAGUUGAGAGAGUGUAGCUGGCCACAUUAAAGUGUUUCCAGGGUGCUAGCGUUCCUAUAUAUAUAAUUCAUUCUUUCCUACAGGAAUUUGUAGCUUUGCUUUAUCGCGAUUGUCUACGCAUUUUAGCAAUGAGCCUUCAUGUGAGCUAAGGCAAUAGUUCUAUUACGUUUUUUGUUUAAAUAUGUAGGCUUCGGCAAAACAUCUCGUUAAGACAAUGGGUAAUAGAGUAACGUGCAAUGUUGAAGAAUUGUAAUCAAUUCUAAAAGAUUACUAUAAGUAAAUCUCCAAACGUGCAGUACAAAGUAACUCAUGAACCUACCCCUGAAGUCUACGUUCCUUUGUGACAGUCUGUAGUGAUUGUGAUCUAUAUAAUUCUUUUUAUUAACAGGUCAGUUGAGUUCCUGCAAACUUGAUCAAGAGUUUGCAGAGGAGCUGACGCAAAUGAGUUGUAUCCGUUCCCAGCUGCUAAACUUACGCGACUGUGCUGUCACGCUUAAAGAUGAAAAGAUUUCUCUCACAGAACAGGUGAAUAACCUGAAAAUGGAACACGCUGAGUUGGUUGGCAAGCUACAAGACUUUGGUUUAGAAAUUUAUCGAAAGUAUGAGCAACAGUGGAAGCGGGAUAGUCAGAAACAACGAGACGAAUUCGAAAAAAUGUUGAAAGAUGCAGAAUCCAAAGCUACUGCAGAGAAUGAUACGCUGAAAAAGGAGCUGGAAGAAAGCAAGGCUGCACUGCUAUGCCAGAUUUGCUUUGUGAGAAAACGUGACUGCAUUAUUUUACCUUGUUCCCAUCUCUUGUACUGCAGACAAUGUGUGCAUGAGCAUAAAAGUAGUGGUAAUUCCCGCUGCCCUACGUGCCGUGGGCCUAUUAACAGUGAAAUUCUGUGUAAUGUCAAUCAUUCUCCAUGAGAAUUAUUGAGUUAAAAGUGGAGACGUAAAAGUGCGUCCAAUCUGAAAAACAUUUUAAUGUUGAUGCUGUUGUCAAUGGCUAUACAGUUGAAUCACUAGAAUCUAGAAUCGGGUCAUGUGUCGGUCGUUUGAGACCAAGAAAACUAGGACUCGAUUUCGAGCUUACUAUAUUAACAGGUAAUCCCAUCAACGUACGGCAGAUCAGUCUUACACUUGUUAUUCCGUUGUCUUGUCCUCUUUUUAGUAUGAAAAUCAGGAAAUUUUUAAUAACUGUUUUAAUGAUUUGAAUUUAACCAUAGUUCGCACCUCAAAUUUGAUAAGAAAGAGGAUUGAGAGACUGAUGAAUUCCUUCACGCAUAAGAUUGUAAAGAUAUGUAUCAAUUUCACUAGAGUAGAUAUCAGGGAGCGACAAAAUCACAGUCUAGCCUAGAGUAGGCUAGAGUCAUCGGGCCAGCCUGUUCUAAUAACGGGCAAGCAUCAUUUGGUUGGUGUGGGAGUUGCUCCGAAGGGCUAGUAAUUUUAUAAAAGAAUUUCGUGAUGGGCGCCGGAUGGGAAAUUUGUUCUAGUUUUAGUUUUAGUAUUGAAAUUAUUACCCCUAUUUAUCCAAAAAAUGCAGUACGCACGGAAGGAUAGAAAUUUAAGACGUAGGUAUCGUGAAGGUAUAUACAUUUAUGCUUCCUGUAUUACGCAAUAAACGGAGCUGUAUAUCUGUUUUUGUUUUAUUUGUUUUGUUUUGUUUUUCAUUGAAAUUGUUGGGAACGGUUUAUCAUUUGUAUCUACGGCAGUUGCUACGAGAGCGAUAUCCACGAACGUAUCCACUCUAGAACUAUUUGAAAAAUCGUUCGCUUUUGGACGGAAGCCGUAGAUACAUUGACGCAGCCUUGCAACAUUGUUGAGAAAUUGUUUCGAAUGGAUACAACAUUUUGUUCCAGCUUUGCAACGCUGUGCUGCACUAAACAUCGUCGUUGCGAAUCGUCUCGUGUAACAUCACCUUUAGGCUUUCCAUGGAUAAUAGAAAGGUCUUUCUAUUAUCCAUGGGCUUUCAAACUUAACCCAUUCGCUCCUGGAGAUUUUGCCGAAAAACGCGUUUUGAAGCUAGUCGAGUGGUCACUGUCGUGCUAUAAAGAGCUAAAACUUACCACAAACCGGUUUACAGGUUGUACACUUCGCGGCCUUCUGAUCCAGAUGCAAAAUAUCAGCUGGCGAAGUUCGGGCAUGCGCAGAAAGCAAAAUUUCGAGUGACACAGCAGUCAUGACUUUUACUUUUCUUUCUCUCCUCCCCUCUUUUUUCGCUUUUCUUGCCUCAUUUUUUUUCUCUUGCUGGGCAUUUAGUAGGCUUCAUUUUGGUGGGAAUAGGUUUUAGGAAAGCUUUUAAGAUCUUAGGAUUGGGUGAAAGGAAAGGUAGGUGAGCAAUGGAACCAAAUUUUCAUGGAGAUUCUCAGGUCAGUGUUACAUGGUUUUUUGGCCUCUUUCUCCGGUGUCCUUGACUGAAUUGUGCUCAUUCUGGUAUGGUUUGAAAGAUCUCUUCACUCUGCACAAGUUAACGGACAAAGUUGUCCUUGACCGUUAAAACUGAUGACGUCACAAAGGGUAGAAAGGACGUGGAUCCGCAUGGGCGGUUACGGGCGGUUCAGGGGCGAAUGGGUUAAACGGGUUCACCAGGAAGCGCGCGCGCUGACAUGUUGCACGUGCGCUAAAUUCACCAAUCAGCGAAGAGCAUUGACCCUAACUAGCAACAUUAUGACAUCAGGUUUUCUAGCAGUUCUUUGUAUGUUAAGCGCGGUUGUGGUUCUAACGGAAUCGGCAAGGCAUAGAGUUUCACCUAUACCACGGUCGCAGGUAACUCUCUUUUCAGCCAUCUGUUUUCUUUUUAUCGGCGCUGGUUCCAUGCCCAUAGGCCGACUGACUGAGGUAAGAAAGAGACUUGAGCGUCCAUUCAAAGACAUCUAAAUAAUACUGAGCAAAUGAUAUGACGCCAUGCUUUGCUUUUUAAAACAGACGAGUGCGAUAUGGAACAUUGUAAUUGGCAAACAGGAAGUUCGUGAUUCCGGUGGGUUCGUUUCUAUAAAAAAAGGUAACUUCUUUUGUUUCUGUCGGCCGAUUUUACUUCCUGAACCAGAAAAUUUUGAAGCUUACGAUUGAAAAUGUGUGUGAGAUUCGUUAUAUUAUCCUUUUUUUCAGUGGGGGAAUUGCACAACGUUUUAGUAAAAACCAUGCGAGAAAACUUUUAUUUUAAUAUUUACAAACCACUCAAAAGUGAUCUCCUGUAACAACAAUGAUUGAUUGAAUUACACACGUUCGUUAAGAUUGUAAGUAAUAAAUUCACUUUUGCCCCUAGAUUCAGCUGUUAAUAUUCCCGUUCCGCCAGCUACGAAGGAAAUCACAUUAAGAAAUGAUCAACCUCAACUACUGGUACCAUCCAAACUUACUGUAUCAGAGACAACAGAGCCGCCAACUCGAGAAAUAGUCUCAGAAAUCGAAGCGCUAAGUAAUUCGGGCGUCUCUGCUGAAGACUUAUUAAAAGAUUUUCAACGCAAACUUUACGGCCAUGCCACGCCGACUAAAAUUGCCGCUUCAAAUGUAAAACCUGUUUUGAAGAAUCCUGGAGACUUGAUCACCGUGGACGAAAACUUAAUUCCCGAAAGAAGCCUGCUUGAAAAUGGAUCUGAUUCCGAGUAUGAAUCUAAGAAUCAAAAUGAAAAGGCGAAGAAGACCAUAGAGUACUCAGCAAACAAGGGUUCAGAGGUUCAACAUAAUAUUCCAUUGACCAGUGUGUUCACAUUAAAUACAGCGCCUUCACAAGGUAAGCGCUGAAUAAUUAUUCUUAGUGUCGUUAGCUUAAGUAUUAGGGACGACAGUAACGGCAACGGCAAUGGGAAUGUCACAAAAGGAAUUAUUAUAGGUUUAGUAUAUAUUACGUUCACAUUUUCGACCGGUUGAAAAUUCAUGCGUUUAGGUGUUCUGUUCACACGGAAUCAUCUUUUCGUACGAAAAUCUGGACGCCUAGCCGUUCAAAGUUCCGUGUAAACAGAGCGAAAAUAUUGAAAUUUUUACUUGAGAUUUGCCUUAAAUUGCUAUAUUUUAAAUGAAUAUUUUAUAGUUGAAAAAGUCGUCCCAUCAAUUUCGCUACAAUCGAAGAUAGACCUCCUAACAGCAAAGCCUCCAUCUUACGACAAACGUGAAACUCUUACAGAUCUGAAUCCCGGACAGGAGGAUUGGAAAUUACCUUCUUCUGACUUGAUUAGCAAGAAUUUGCCAGAACUGAGAGAAUCACAGAAUUUGAAUAACCCCCUGUUAGGAAUGGCAGAAGAAAUCAGACUUCAUAACGUCAUGGAAAAAGCACAGAAUAUGCCUCUGGAAUAUGAUGCCUCAAGAGCCCACCGUAGGCAGAACCGGAAUGACCAAAUCAUCUUAAAUGAGGAUUACAUGAAACCAACUUCCCGGGCUAGAGAGAACUGGAAUGACCAAGGCAGUAACAUCGUAAAUGAGGACUACAUAAAACCGACUGUCCACCUUAAAGAGGACUGGAAUGGCCAAAGCAGUAACAUCGUAAAUGAGGAUUACAUGAAACCGACUGCCGGCCUUAGAGAGAAUUGGAAUGACCAAGGCAAUGACAUCGUUAUCGUAAAUGACGAUUACGUGAAACCCGCUGCGAUCGAAGAGAGAUUAGAGAAAAUUUCGAUGGAAAUCAAUGCUUUACCUCGUUCACCUCCGGCUAAGGAU